AUGAAGAUUAUUCAUAAUGCCGAGAAGAAACUUCUUCAGGAACGAAUAAGACAAUGCAACUUUACGAUCAGAAAGUACGAGGAGAGCGUAAAAGAACUGAAAUCAAGUUUACAAUCCAAGGUGUCAACAGAGAUAAACAAUCAAAUCUUAACUCUCUUCGAGAAAACACAUUCGUCGCACUUUGAGAUGGCAAAGAGCCGCCAGAGGCAAAAGUUUGACCGCCUACUGAUCAGUAAAGAAGAAAUUCGGUCACGACAAACAUUGGAGAUACCAACAUUGAUCGGACAAAGUGGGUUAUGAAUCUCUCUGACCACCCUCUUUCUGACAGUGAACGCUCGGUUCUCAUGAAAGGUCUGAAUUUUAGCGUAACUCCAUCAAAGAUUCCAGUUGAUGAGAUCGUGGCAGCCACUGAACUGGCCUGUAAUCAACCCAAAGAGAAAAGCCAAGCCGAGAGCCUGAGAAAUGAAGUAGUUAAAAUCGUAAGCAAGAGCAAACCCCCAAGACCAAACAUCAGCAGAGCUGAAAGGGAAGCCAUUAAGGCUCUGGCGAAAGACGAUUCAAUUGUAAUCUUACUAGCGGACAAAGGGCGCACUACGGUAAUCCUAAACAAACAAGAUUAUCACAACAAGGUGAAGGCUCUCCUAGACGAUACCAAUACGUAUGAAAAAUUAACAUCUGACCCAACCAGAGCCAUCAAAAACAAACUCAUUCAAACCUUGAAGGAGUGGCGCAAAGAAGAGAGAAUCCCUAAUUAUCUUUACAAUCAACUGUACCCCACAGCAGAGAAUGUCCCAAAGUUCUACGGGCUACCCAAGAUUCACAAGAAAGACGUACCGCUACGGCCAAUAGUUUCGAGCAUUGGUAGCGUGAUGUACGACACUGCCAAGUUCCUUGCUAAGAUUAUGAAACCUCUUGUUGGCCUCAACAGUCAUCACAUCGUUAACAGUGAAGACUUUGUCAACAAGAUUGCAGAACUUGAAGUACCCCCUAGACAGAAACUCGUUUCAUACGAUGUUUCCUCACUGUUUACCAGCAUUCCGAUCAAUGAAGCCAUUCCAGUUGUCAGAGCCAAACUGGGAAGUGACCAGAGCUUACCGGACAGAUGCCCGUUAGAUAUCGCUCAAUUAUCUGUUCUACUAGAGAUGUGCCUCUCGAGCACAUACUUCACAUUCCAGGGUGAAUUCUAUAAACAAAAGAAAGGAGCCGCAAUGGGGUCUCCAAUUUCCCCUGUAGUG